UCCUUGGAAGCCUUGUCUUCAUAAUAGUCCAUUCCAUUCUCCCCACGCAGUAGUGUUAUAUUAGCGCCCCAACUCCGAUCCCUAAUCACCGUCUAAUCAGGCUCCCCUCCCAUGGCGACGGCGGCGGAGGUCCCAGUGUCAGCGCCGGUGAGGACAGUGAAGGUCACCAAUGUCUCACUUAGUGCAACUGUACAAGAUAUUAAGGAGUUCUUUUCCUUUUCAGGAGAUAUUGAACAUGUGGAGAUGCAAAGUGGUGAUGAGUGGUCUCAAGUUGCAUAUGUGACUUUCAAAGAUGCACAAGGUGCAGAAACUGCACUUCUUCUUUCGGGUGCCACAAUAGUUGAUCUUUCUGUCAUCAUUGCACCUGCUCCAGAAUAUCAGCCACCUCCUACUGCCUCAGCCCCACCGAUGAGUGGAACCAGAGUUCCAGUUGGUGCAGACAACAACGUUGUCCACAAGGCUGAGGAUGUUGUCAGCACUAUGCUUGCUAAGGGUUUCGUCCUAGGCAAAGACGCCGUUGGCAAGGCCAAAGCAUUCGACGAGAAGCAUGGCUUCACAUCCACAGCUGGUGCCAAGGUGGCCUCCAUUGACAAGAAAAUUGGCCUGAGUGAGAAGAUCACCACGGGCACUUCCAUGGUGAGCGAGAAGGUCAAGGAGAUGGACCAGAAGUUCCAGGUGUCAGACAAGACCAAAUCCGCGUUUGCCGCUGCAGAGCAGAAGGUGAACAGCGCCGGGUCAGCCAUCAUGAAGAACAGGUAUGUCUUCACUGGUGCGUCGUGGGUCACCAACGCGUUCAACAAGGUCGCCAAGGCUGCCACAGAUGUUGGGACAAUGACCAAGGAGAAGAUGGCCGCCGAGGAGCAGCACAAGGGCUCUGGCGCUUCUUCUGGGGGCCACUCGUAUACACCCAUCCAAUGAUUGUUUGGCUGGCAGUUAGUUAUGUGCCUUCCCCUCGACAUGUUGUAUUAUUGGUGGAUGUAAAACAUAGAUAUAGAACAGAUCAGGCCUCCUGCCAUAUGUUCAUCGUUCCCAUGUGUUAAAUUUCGUACUGCAGGAUUAUUUUUUCUUAGAACAGAAAAGUAUGAUGGUGAUACCAAUGUAUUCCGGUGGCUUAUAUGAAUUCUGGUUGGGAUUUGGAUGAACUAGUGAUGAAUUUGUGGGGGCGUUACUCGAAUAAUGAUAUGAUGGUGUUGUUUCUUGACA